AUUAAUGAACAACGCGGUAUUUGGCAAAACAAUGGAAAAUGUACGGAAUCAUGUCGACGUUAAACUUCUAACAAAGUGGGAUGGUCGUUACGGUGCGGAGGCGAUGAUUUCGAAACCAAAUUUUCAUAGUCGCAGCAUCUUUUCAGAAAAUUUAAUCGCCGUGGAAUUGCGAAAAUUCGAAGUGAAAUUCAACAAGCCAAUCUACGUGUGUAUGUGAAUCCUCGACAUAUCCAAGAUCUGCUUGUAUGAAUUUCACCAUGAAUAUAUGUUACCGAUGUAUCGCGAGCAAUGUAAAAUCAUGUAUACGGAUACCGACAGUCUCAUAUACCACAUCAAGUGCGAGGAUGUAUAUGAGACGAUGAAACGCGAUAUACAUAUACGAUUCGACACGAGCGCUUAUCCUGUAGAUAACGCAUACGGUAUACCGCUAGUAAAUAAGAAAGUCCCCGGUCUAAUGAAAGACGAGAAUAAUGGUGCGAUAAAGACGGAAUUCGUCGGACUCAGAGCGAAAAUGUACGCGUUGCGAGUCGAUGGUAAGAAAGAUACGAAGAAAGCUAAAGGUGUCAAAAGCAACGUGGUAGCGCGAACGAUAACAUUCGACGAUUACACGCAUUGUCUGCGAGACGAGAUAGAAAUGACUCGCCGACAAACUUGUAUAAGAUCGAAACUGCAUGAGGUGUACACUAUAGCCGAGACGAAAAUCGCUCUGAGUCCGUACGACGACAAACGAUACAUCAUGCCCGAUUCUACAGAAACGCUGCCAUGGGGACAUUACCGAAUACCUUUAUAAUAUAUUCACAGUAUUAUUGUACAUUAUGGGAUAGUAAUAAGUCUAUUCACAUGUAAAAUAAAUGAUGAACGCGUCUUCUUUGACUUAAACACAUUGAUUAUUGUGAAGACUGUAAUUAGUAUAAAAUAAAUGACACAACUAUAUAUGUAUAUAUGUAUAUAUGU